AUGCACCUUUCCAACAUCAUUACACUUGCACACUUGCGCACACCCACGCUUUAUAAGGUUAGCUGUAGAAGGAGUUUUCUUCGCGUUGCUUGCUUAUGUUGUAGUGAUCUGUCUUGUGUUGUUGUGCGUAAAAGCGACAACCGCACCACUCUCUCAUCUCUCUCCAUCAUGUUUUCAUCAACCAGAUGCUCUUUCCUGGUAAUUUUCCCUCUCACUUAUCUUUUGAUUCCACCUUCCCAACUCGCCACAUCCAGAUUUGCACCAUUUCCUGUUAUUAGCAACUCAGGGUUAGGUGGGUGUGGCAGAGUGUGUGAUGCGCGGAGACAGCGUUCAAGUCCUAUGAAGGUGGUGUGUAUGACCCCACCCAGCAGGUCGAGUGAUAGGAACGGCAGCGUUGUGUUGGAGACGCCGUUGAAAGAAUUGAAAAAGGAUUCACCGGUUACUGACGUUGACGAUAACUCCACCUCCGCCGGUGGCCCUCAAGAUGUGUACGGUGAGGAUAGGGCGACAGAGGAUCAGUUUGUUACCCCUUGGAGUGUCUCCGUAGCUAGUGGUUAUACAUUGUUGAGAGAUCCACACUUCAACAAAGGACUUGCCUUCAGUGAAAAUGAGAGGGAUGCCCAUUACUUGCGGGGUCUUCUUCCCCCAACAGUUAUUCCUCAAGAAACUCAGGUAAAGAAAAUGAUCCAGCACGUACGCCAGUAUCAAGUUCCAUUGCAGAAGUACAUGGCAAUGAUGGAUCUUCAGGAGAGAAACGAACGGCUAUUUUACAAACUUCUUAUUGAACACGUUGAAGAGUUGCUCCCUAUUGUUUAUACUCCAACUGUUGGUGAAGCUUGCCAGAAAUAUGGGAGCAUCUUUAUGCGUCCUCAGGGUCUUUAUAUAAGUUUGAAAGAGAAGGGGAAGAUCCGUGAAGUACUAAGGAAUUGGCCUGAGAAGAACAUUCAAGUCAUUGUUGUAACUGACGGAGAACGGAUCCUGGGUCUUGGUGAUCUUGGUUGUCAGGGGAUGGGAAUACCAGUAGGCAAACUUUCUUUAUAUACAGCACUUGGAGGUGUUCGCCCAUCAGCUUGUUUGCCUAUUACCAUUGAUGUGGGUACAAACAAUGAGAAGCUGCUGAAUGAUGAAUUAUAUAUUGGGCUAAAGCAAAGAAGAGCAACUGGACAGGAAUAUGCUGAGCUUUUGCACGAAUUUAUGACAGCAGUCAAACAAACUUAUGGGGAAAAGGUCUUAAUUCAGUUUGAAGACUUUGCAAACCACAAUGCUUUUGAUCUGCUCGAGAAAUAUAGAUCAACACAUCUGGUAUUUAAUGAUGAUAUUCAGGGAACAGCAUCUGUUGUCCUUGCUGGAUUAGUUGCUGCUCUGAAAUUGGUUGGUGGUAACUUAGCUGAUCACAGAUUCUUGUUCCUCGGUGCUGGAGAGGCUGGCACUGGAAUAGCAGAACUCAUAGCACUUGAAACAUCAAAACAGACAAAUGCCCCACUGGAGGAAGUGCGCAAGAAUAUUUGGUUGGUGGACUCAAAGGGAUUGAUUGUCAGUUCUCGCAAAGACUCACUCCAACAUUUCAAGAAGCCCUGGGCUCAUGAGCAUGAACCUGUUAACAAUCUUUUAGAUGCUGUUAAUCAAAUUAAGCCAACAGUGUUGAUUGGAACAUCGGGACAAGGAAGAACUUUUACUAAAGAGGUGAUUGAGGCUAUGGCCUCUAUCAACAAGAAACCUAUUAUUCUUUCUCUGUCCAACCCUACGUCACAGUCAGAAUGCACUGCUGAAGAAGCUUACAAAUGGAGCCAGGGGCGUGCCAUUUUUGCAAGUGGGAGCCCAUUCCCCCCAGUUGAGUAUGAUGGAAAAGUGUUUGUGCCUGGCCAGUCCAACAAUGCUUACAUAUUUCCUGGAUUCGGUCUCGGUUUGAUAAUGUCUGGGACAAUUCGCGUGCAUGAUGACCUGCUUCUGGCUGCAUCUGAGGCUUUGGCUGCACAAGUGGGGCAAGAGAACUUUGAUAAGGGACUCAUAUACCCACCAUUCACCAACAUCAGAAAGAUUUCAGCACAUAUAGCUGCCAAUGUUGCUGCUAAGGCUUAUGAGCUUGGUUUGGCCACCCGGCUUCCUCAACCAAAAGAUUUGGUGAAGUUUGCAGAGAGCUGUAUGUACACCCCAUCCUACAGAACCUACCGGUGA